GACACAGCGAGCAUCAUUCAGUACGCUGCGGAUGUAAACAGAGCAACCAUGAGUAACUAUAUGGAUAUUGAUGAUAUGGAUUCGAAAAACAGGAAAACGCAACAUUGCGAGGAUCGCAUCGAUAGUGGCGUGGAUUCGUUAAAGGAGGACGAGUACAGAAAAAUUGUGGAGGAUCUGCAGAAGCUGCCAAAGCCAUCUGAGUGUGUAAACACAACCGACACCCACGAACCUUGGAAACUAGAAUUUACAGAGGAUGGAGACACGUAUCUUCACCUUGCCAUCAUUCACGAGGCGGAAGAUUAUGCCAUCCAGAUCAUCAAACAGUGCCAAAAUGACUCAUUCUUGAACAAACAGAAUCACCAAAGACAGACUGCACUCCACCUUGCUGCGAUCACAGAACAGCCACACAUGGUUGAAAGACUGCUAAAGGCCGGCUGUGACCCCCGCCUGGUCGAUCAAAAUGGAAACACAGCUCUUCACAUCGCCUGCAAAAGAGGCUCACUAGCUUGCUUUUCGGUGCUCACUCAGAAUCAGACACAGCAUCUACGGCCCAUUCUCACGUUCCCAAACUACUGUGGGCACACCUGUCUCCACAUAGCAGCCAUUCACAAUUAUCUCUCAAUGGUGGAGAAGCUGGUCCAGCUUGGAGCAGACAUUAACGCAAAGGAGCAGUGUAGUGGUCGUACGUCACUCCAUUUGGCAGUGGACCUACAGAACUUGAAUUUGGUCCACACCCUCAUUGCACUGGGAGCCGACGUCAACAGUCUCACCUACGGCGGCUACACACCGUACCACCUGACCUUUGGCCGACAGAACAGUGAGAUCCAGAGGCAGCUUCAUGAUCGGACGGCCCAAGAGCUCAGACCAAUGCCAGAGAGCGAAUCAGAGGAGAGCGAUGACGAGCUUUUGUCUGAUGAGGAUUAUAUGUACGAUGACAUCCAAUUCUGUGGGCGAUAAACUGACUAGUCCGGACAACAUUCUCAGUAAUGCAAAGAAACAAGGGCCUAUGUGCCGUCUCGGAAGUCCGUGCCAGGGAUUUGCAAUGUCCCAUAAAGCCAGUUCCCCCAUAGGGACUCAAGAGUGGCAACGAGCUGCCCACGGGGGACACUAUAGUAGUGGUGCUGUUCAACAUGGAAAGAGACCCAGGGAUCGCUGGAUGGAACACCAAAUCAAUAAAAUACUUUUGAAGCUAAAGAAAUGAAAACAAAAUGUAUAUUUUGUAAAUGUACAGAGCUAUAUUUGUAUUUGUAAAUAUAAAACACUUGUAAAUAUUUAUAGUCUAUAUAUGACAUUAUGAAAAUAUUUUUUACAUUAAAAAAAAAAGUGCCUGAAAGAACUUAAUUCUGAGUCUGGGU